CACUGAUUGGCAGCACUGAUAGGUAGCACUGAUUGGCAUUGAUAGGUGGCACUGACUGGCACUGAUGGGUGACAUUGAAAGGCAGCUCAGAGGGGCACUGAUAUGUGGCAUUGAUGUGCACUGGUAUGCACUGAUAUGUGGCAUUGAUGUGGCACUGAUGGGCACUGGCACGUGGCACUGAUGAGCACUGACUGCUGGCACUGAUGGACACUGACAGGUGGCACUUCUGGCACACUGAUCAUCAUUGCCCUGAUGAUCAG